UACGGCUGACGCCAAGUUUCACUGUGUUGGCUGGAAUGUUCUCGCUUUUGUUGGCCCCUCCGCGCGAAUGUAGUCAUCAAAAUAACUCAUGUGUCGGUGCCACACGGGUUCAAAGUUAACGCGAGCUUAUGUAGGCGCGCGUCACGCUCGCCGGACGUCCACGCCUGACAAAAACAUGAACUGGCUGCAGCCGCGACACAUCGUAACCGUGUUCCUAUUCUCAGAGGUGGUUCUCGGCGUACUACUCGUGCAGGAGCGCUCGGCAAAUGCACUCGCGGCCGACAAGGAUGCAUCGCACUCCGCGCAAGGCAGUGCGCCUACGGCCGACGACAAAGGGAGCACAGCAAUGUGCGAGAAAAUGAACGCGUGUGAUGACCUGCUAGGCUAUGAAGCGAUUCGAGCCCUGCAUCAACAGCUGGAUGACGAUGACAAUGGAAGCGUUGACAUCGCUGAGACAGAUGAGUUUCUUAGAGACGAGCUGCAGUACGAGAAUGGCUAUGAGCGGCAGAAGAAAUUCCACGGCAACGACAAGUACAUUUCCAUUGAGGAAUUGUGGCAAUCCUGGCAGGUCUCUGAAGUUCAUAACUGGACAGUGGAAGAGACGAUCGAGUGGCUGGUCAGCUGUGUUGAGCUGCCGCAGUAUGCGAAAACCUUUGGAAAUGCAGUGGAUGGCUCCACCCUUCCCAGAAUGGCCGUUGCGAACAACAAUUACCUUAGCAGUGUCCUGGGGAUCAAGGACGUCAUCCACAAACAAAAACUCACCCUGAAGGCCAUGGAUGUAGUGCUCUUUGGACCACCUAAACAUCACAACUACAUCAAGGACGUGCUGUUGGUGCUGUCGCUGGUGAUCGCCAUAGGUGGCUGCUGGUUUGCAUACGUGCAGCACAACUACUCUCAGCUCCACCUGAAGAAGAUGAUGAAAGACAUGGAUAGCCUGCAGAGAGCCGAGGAGCAGCUGUCUGAACUGCAGCGCGAGUUGGACAAGGCCAAGAUGGAACAGGAGACCGCAGUGAUACAAAAGCAAAGGCUGGAGGAUGAAAUCCUCGCUGCCAAGCAAGAACGGGAGUUGUGGAGUUCGGCAGACCCCGACCAGACUCGAAGCAUCGUGGAGUGCCUGCAGGACGAAGUGCGGACUCUGAGGGAUCAGCUGAGCACAGCACAAACUGCGCUGAACUCGGCAGUGAGGUCUGGAGGUACGGGUACCUGGAUACCCCCGCCGUCCCUGCAGCACUGGUUACAGCUGACGCACGAGCUGGAGUCUCGCCACUACAAUGCCAAGAAAGCUGCUGCCGAGAAGCAGCUCCUAGCUGCUAAGGAGGGGUGCGAAAAACUUCGCAAGAAACGUGGGAGCUUCAUGGGCUCUUUUCGCAUCGCACAUGGGAGCUCCAUUGACGACAUCGACAACCGAAUCCUUCAGGCCAAGGCUGCGCUGUCGGAGGUGACGAAGGACCUGCAAGAGCGACUGCACCGCUGGAAGCAGAUCGAGCGACUGUGUGGCUUCUCCAUCGUCAACAACCAGGGGCUGGGCCCCCUGGAGAACAUUCUACGAGGUUCUUUCCUCAAUGGCACUGCUGCCUCCUCUUUGCCCCACUCCUAUUCCGUUGGUAAGAAAAUGAGCCGCUCGGGCAGCGAGGGUACCUUGGCUGAGGAAGAAUCUCCCUUUGGCAUCAGCGCUGUGCAGCAACUCGUGCACAAUUCAACUGCUCUGUUUCUCGCCUCUGUGCCACCGGCUUGCGACCUCAGCAAGUGCGCCCUAGCCGCAGCUGCGGGCUUCCCUCCUUUCCGUGUCGUGCCACUUGACAGCACUAACCUCCCUCAGUCUGCUGCUGCCGCUGCCGCCACUGUCUCCACUGCUGCUAACACCACUGUGCCCGCUUCUGUGGCCUGCCUCAAUGGCUCAGUGUCAAGUGUAGCGUCGUUGCUGAGCUUGAGGUGCCCCGAACGGCCCACCACACUGCCAAUAGGUGCAAUCAAGUCCAAUGGGGCCUCUUCCCAGAAGCUGGCCCUUCUUGAUGAGACCGACGAUGAUGCAGAAGAGUUCACGGACUCUUCUCUGCCCACCAGCCUGUCAACGGGAACCUCUGCUACCACUGCUGUGUCUUUCACGGUCGGGGACAGCAGCCCAGCAGAACCUCCACAGCUUGUUCGACCCAGGAGCACCCAACUGCUCAACAAGGCGGCGAGUGCCGACGACGCACCACCUCGCCGGAUUCUGACAUCCACUGAGCUCCUGGUGCAGACUGAGCCAUCUUCACCAGCAACACCUGAGAAUGCAAGCCUCGUCACCAUUUCUGAGCCACUGCUCCUUCCGCGGCCGCCGCUCGCGUCAGUGUCUUCCGUAGAGCGACGCAAGAAAGCGGGCAACAUUCUUGUGGCGGCACUCAAGGGAAACUUUUCUGGCAGUGCCGUAGAUGAGGAAAACUCAACAGACUCUAACUCCACGGCGGACGACGACAGUUUGAAGGAAAAGAAAAAGGUGAAGGCAUCUUCCAUCUUCCAGCCACUCAAAAAAAAGAAGCCAAAAGCGUCGUGACUGUCACGUGAAUGAGAAGCCCAGGCUCCGUUUUUCUAGCAUUCCCACCUUGAUGCCUGCCCAGGCACUUGUUUCUGCUGCUGGCUAGAGUUGGCAAAAAUCUUUCCUUGUUCUGUUAUGUUUUCUCUUGUAUUCCGGUAUGUUGCUGAGCACAAAGUGCUGGAAAGCAUAUUGCGUGCCCUUGCCCCAUUAUUGUCUCCUCCCUGCGUCACAUUAACCGGCGCACUUGGCUCUGUCUACACCCGAGCUUAAUUUUUGUUAAUUGGCCGGACAUUUGAACCAGUAAGAGGGUGCUAGAACUGCAACUCUGUGUGGUUGGGAGGGUAUUUGAUUGGAAUGCACUUCAUUACAGUUUUUUUGUUUUCCACAUCUUUAGCAGCACAAGCUGUGCAAAACGCAGUGAUUGAAGGAGCCUUUUUUUGUAUCACCUGCCGUUAUUUGUUACCUUGCAGUUGCACACAUCUGAGUGGUUGUUGCUUGUGUUGGGUCCUCUUCCUUUUUUUGGGCAUGUUUUUGAAAGAUGGCUUUUUCUGUUACCAUAUACGUGUGUCUGCACUUUUUGAUGGCACAGGACUUUUGUUGUGCAGGACAGCAACAGGUGGUAUACAGGUGGUAUGUGCCUAUCUGGUACAUCAAGAACUGUAUUUUUCUAAGUUAUAUUUUGGUAUGGCACAUGGACUAUUGUUUCUGCCAGAAGCCAUCUCAUGCGAGUGCAUCGGCAGGUGUAUUUAGCAGUUGAACUUCGCAUGUGCGUUCUUUUUCUGUGUCCUUGUCCAUUACCUGUUACAGUCCUUUUGGCUGUCAAGAGGAUUGGCUGUCCUUCAGUAUUGUCAAUUAUGAGUAGUUUUGAUGCAAUCUUGAAUUCUAACAAACACAGAAUCAAGGCUCCUAACAGAGUACUUGUUUUCUUUUUCGUUGUUUAAAUUUGCUUGCAUGUCAAAGUGCUGUUGGCAUACGUCUUUCUGCUUCUUUUUCUUUGCAUGCCUUUUUGCUUGCUUCAAAAUGCGAUCAAGUGUCUUCUUCAAUGAGAGAAUUGUUGCCAGGUUGUUAGUGGUAAUCAUUUGGUGUUUCUUUGAGCUAAGCUUCUGAAGAUUACCAAACGUGGUUAUGCACAGUUGCGUACACAUAAAAUGUGAACAAGAAAUUGCAAAUUACAAUAAGUUUGGCAAGUGAUCAAUCCAGAGCACUACCUCUAACAGCUAAAUAAGUGGUUGCUAAAGAUGAUUUGAGCCACAAAUUAAGUGUGCUAGCUAAAGUCAUGCUCAUAUUGUGUAUACUGGCAGUAACAAGAACAAAGUGCAUUUUAGUAACGCUAACUUGUUCUUUUUCCACUUGUUUACAAUUGGGCAUAUCUGCCCUAGAUAAGUGAAUUUUUAAAUUGGAAUGUAGAUGCAGCAGCAGGAUGCUGUAGAUGAGGUUAGGUUCAGCCAACGACCCUGCAUUAUUGCGAACGCAAGGUAAUGGUGACGAUUGUUCAAUCAAUGUUUGUUGUUGGGAUUUGCGUUUUUUUUUUUUCCAAGAAGUUCAGCAUAACACACUCGGAGAUGCAGGCUUUUCGGAGUUGUUAAGUUUAACAGUUCUCAAAAUCUAACUGCGUUUCCAGUUGACUGUAGCGCUAUGGGUGUGCUUGAAUAAUCGCCAUAGUAGCUGCUUUGUCUGAAGCUUGGAUACAUGUAGCCUUAUUGCUCGCCUACCCAGGUAUGAGACUUACAAAGUUUCAUCUUUCACAUGCUCCUUUACAAAGUUUAAACAAUAUGGCAGGCCAGCAAUUGAAUGGUGUGGCUAGCCUGUGUUUGCUAGAAAGGGCAGUGAAAGACCAAUGUGUGUAACUGUCCCAACUGCAGAAUAAUUUUUUGCCUUGUCAUGCCCGUCUGGCGUCAGUAACCAGUGGAUUCUGUAUUGUGCGUACGUCCUUGGUAGCAGUUCUAGUUUGUAGCGUUCUUUGGAGAGUUAUAUAUAUAUAUAUUCUUUUUUUUUUUUUCAAUUUUGAAUGUUGGCCACUUAAGCUGUGACUCUGUAAUCUUCCGUGCACACGUGUGUAACAUGUGAUGCAAGUUGUCGCGCCCACCCCGACCUUCACUUCAAGCCCGUCACGUGGGCAAACUGUGCUUUGGAAGUUUGGGAUGAGCGUUCGCUGCACCUGGUGUUGUGUGGUGCCUGGCGCACUGCUUCACGAUCUGUGAUAUCGGCCGAGGGAUCUCUCGCUAUGGGCUUCGUGACAUACGCAAUACAGUGCACGUGUCGCGACUUUGCUGAAUUAUCAUUAUGCACAUGUGGAUCUGAGCCACCCGCUCGCGACUCCUUCAGAGAGAACAAUAUAUACUAAUAUACCGUCGCGCUUAUUGCUUCAAAGAAGCUGCGGGCUGCUGAGGAGUGCUAUAUACUCUUCUUUUCGCUUGUCACUCAACUUCAAUUGCAUUUCACUGAGGCGUACAAGAAGCCUGCAGCAUUUUAUUUUUUUAUGUGCUCUGAGCUGCAGCAAGAGUACUACCUGGUUAGAGCACUGUCUUGUUUAUUUUGGCAUUUAUCGGCAUUUAGAAAAAAGGUCUGUAGAAGAGUGCUAUUUUUAUGAGCUACUACAAGAUCCUGUUGCUUUGACUCUUGCAGUAGGCAUUGCACAAGAUCUGCUGAUUUUGCAUUUGUAUUUUUAUCUUUGUUGCUGGGCAUGGUUUGUAACAGUCAACAAUAACAUUCUCGGGCUGUAAUUAAAACAUUGGGGUAGCACCUUAUUCGUUGGAAGAGGCUACAGGAAUUCUCGCCCCCAGAAAACGACUCUCUAUUGAACAGUGCAUCAUCGUAACACAGUAAAACAUUGACCUGCCACCAUUCUUGUGACGUUGGUGGCCACCUAUUCAUUGUGCUGAUUGUCACCUGAUAUGUUUUGCUGGUCUUGGUGCAGCAGCUAUGGCAUGAAACUGUUUUCUCAAGUCCAGUGUGAGAGUAUUGAGAUGUAAAAUUCGCAAACAUAACAGCUGCGCCUGAAAAAGCAGCCAAGAUGGGAUUCAUGUCACCGUAUCAGCCAUUGUACAGGGUUCUUAUUAUGAAAGGGAGGAUGUAGUUAAUUGUCAAGCCAAGAUAUGGUUGCACAACUGUCUGUCUUCACAUAUUUUCCUCUUUUCUUUGACUUCACUGUGAAAUGAAAACUUUUGUCUUUGAGUACAGAUGAAGUGAUUUUCACAUGGAUGCCCGUGUCUAUCUCAAUUGCUUCGUACUUCUUGUGCUCACGUUCGGCAUAAACUCGAAGAGCAAAAAAGCCGGAUAGAUUUCCAAUAUUCUGGCACUUGAAUCUAGCACACUCAAGUAAUACACAGCUGUACAAAGUGGUAUUCAAUGUGGGCAGCAAAGUAGACGCACAAGUCAUGUAUGGUAUCUGACACCUUUUACAUGGUAGCUGCUCUCUCGUUACAUUCUAUGCUGUGUUGUGCUGCUAGGGUACUCUGGACUGAAGUGUCGAUCUGCGCCUAUUUGGCGUAAACUCGAACAGGAAAGCUGGAUCUAUUUCCAAUAUUCUGGCACUUCAGCUGCUUGUGCAUCAGUAUUGUAAUGUGCGUCUGCACUUCAAUAUAGCACACUCAAGUGAUACACAGCUGGACAAAGUGGUAUUCGAUGUGGGCAACAAAGUAUACGCACAAGUCAUGUAUGGUAUCUGACACCUUUAACAUGGUAGCUGCUCUCUCAUUACAUUUUAUGCUGUGUUGUGCUGCUAGGGUACUCUGGACUGAAGUGUGGGUCUAAGCCUACUAAGCCAAAAGCUUGUACAGUCUGUGUGCAGCCUGCUUGCCAUACCAACCUUGGGUUUGUAAACCUACGUUUGCUCCUUUACAGCAAAAGUCUUUGCCUUCUCAGUGACAUGUGGUGUACUUGUACUUGCCUCGUGUACAACUUUAUUUCAAACGACUAUUCCCAUGGCUAGCAAUCUCCAGAACAAUCAUGCUGGGUGAGGGAAACGCAGUCGCCAUGUGACUGCAUCUAUGCAGUGUGCGGUUUCGUCACCAAUUGCAAAAUGAGUCUUGGAGCGAAUAAUGUGCUUGCUUCAAAAUAAAAUGAACCCUUUGUCUUUUCCAGGGUGCAGUUUAUAUUGAUUGAUUUGCUGUCAUGUGAUGGCCAAUAAAAGAAAGUCCAUCGUGUCCAUUA